GCGGUAACAAACCAACCGGUAGCUCUGCGUCGUCUGUCUCGUCUCGCGCCCAAUACAUCCUUGUGUAGUUUGUUUUUACUUCAUAACGACGCAUCGCAAGCGAGAAAGCAGUAAUUGUUUGAAAAUGAAAUGGACUGGGUGUUCGUUCGCUGUGCUGUGCCUGAUGUUCCUCUCGAGCACGGUGGUGGAUGGUGGCAUCAUACGGUGGUGGGAUCGUUGGUGGAAAUUCCAUCGAAACUCAUUCGUCAGCUCUAGUCUCAUCUUUGAGGAUUGUGGCACCAAGUACGAUGUAAUAUCAAUUAAUCUGUCAAGUUGUGCAACGGCGCCCUGUACGAUGCAUCGUGGCACAAACGUUAAGGUGAAGGCUGAAUUCAGCGCCAACGGCGCCUCUACGGACAGUGUGCUCAAGCAUGAAGCGUACUUUAUACUGAACAGCGUAAAGACGAAAGCCGUUAUCACUCCAACCACCUGUGAGGGCAGCGUGUGUCCGCUCCAGGGUACGCAAGGACUUCUGUUCUCCGCAGAUAUCUACGUUAAUGCGGAUCUUCCACCGAUUAAUGGCAAGCUUCGCUGGGAGUUGAGAAAUAAGUGGGGCGAUGUGCUGCUUUGCUAUCAGCUACCAGUUUGUAUCGAGUGAGUGGAUUGGUGAUCAUACCAAUCGGCUAGCCAAACCGUAGCCGUUCGUUCUGGAGCUGCAUCAAUGAGAUUAGAAAACGUUUGAGAUUGUAAUGCUGUUAGGGGUCAAUAAAGAUGUAGUUUUUCCUUA